UGAAGAAUUCAAUGACGGAGUGAAGCGAAAAGAGUGUGUUCUCGGGUAUCGACUUUCUGAGACAAAUGCCGAAGGCUGACACCCUAGUCAUUUUUACAACCACUGUUAUCUGACCUUGAAACCCCAUUCAUUCACUACUUACCUUGCAUCAUCUACGGAUCACCGCUUUGCCUCGCGAUUAAUACUCCGCCCCCAACACACCUCUCUCCAUCGACCUUCAACCUCUCUCCUCCUCUACCAACACCACCUUUCCAUCUCUAACCAGACUCACAGCACUUAUCGUCAUGCCUCGUGCAGACUUCUUACAGGAUGCAAAUGCAGCCUCUCAUCCCCAGCUGACUGGCCUCGAGAUUCAAAAUGACGACACGCUCGCUUUCAACCACAUUGGCUCCGGUUCCUCCAGAAUCUACAUACUCAUCCCAGAUCUAUCUGAAUAUCCUACUCAGCAUGUGUACUAUAUCUUUGGCGAUGACGGGAUUCCAGAUUCGGUUGCCUAUGCCAUUCAAUCUAUCCAAGGCUUAUACGACGGGAAACGACUCGAUACAAUUCUAAAAGGGUUCUGUAGCCAUCUCGAUAAUAUAAGUAUCAACAGUGAUGAAUGCGAUAUUGAGGCUAACGACGAGGAUGACCUUGAAAUGGAUACUGAUACUGAGAUGGACUGGGAACAGAGCUACUGCCCCGACUGGGGUGCGAUCCAUAAGCGACUAACGGCAGAUCUUCGGGCUGCUAAAGAAGCUGGAUUUAGAGCUGGGGUCCUGGGCAAUUUAAAAGAACGUACCGUCAUCUGCAUUUCUUGUCGUGUCGCUAAGCUCAACAUCUCCAACGACGCGCUGCAACUGUGGGACGUUUCACCAUCAGACUAUCUCAUUCUCCUCAUUGAAUACUCGCAGGGGUAUCGCACAUUAGACAAUAUCUCUCUAACAAAUCAGGAGUCGAGGCCGGUGAUGUAUAUUGGUCUCUGUGACUCUUACAAGCCCACUGUGGAAUCUGCCUUGCGAGUUCUUCGUCUUCGUGGAGAUUCAAAGGAUGCGACGAGUUGGAACCCAGAUCCUGCUAGUCACGGACGAGAAAUGAGACUAUCAUUCGUGACAGAAAUGCUUACAGAUCUGUUCAACGAACGGUUUCUGAAGAUAGUCCAACACAGGAUUGAUCGUGGCUUUUCCUGGACAGGGGCCGAGCAGUACUAUGAGAACCAUCAAGGAAAAGGUUUCGGCGUUAAGGAAAAUGACCUUGCUCAAUAUUCGAUGGAAGAGACCUGGCGUACCUGUGUACCGGACUUUGUUCGGGAAGAUGACCUUCAGUACCAGAACGACAAAUCGAUGUUAUCUUUCCCCCGCAUCGCGAUGCAAUAUUGUCUUCGACGCUUCACCCGGGCCAGUGAAUUCUGUCUAGUGUGUUACUGCAAGACAGAUGCCAGUUUCCAGGCGCUGAACCCGUAUGUUUGCUCGAAAAUGCUUUGCCUGUUCCAGUAUCUGGAAUGUGGUAAGGGCCCAAAGCUAGAGUGGCAGAUUCUAAGUCAGCCUGAGGUCGUAGACCUGCUGGUCUCUUUCGCCUACAGUCGCGCCCGUGAAAAGCGCAUGACCGAUUGUCCUGGUCUUCCCCUCAAAGUGCCCUAUCCAUAUUUAGACACAAGACGGGCCCUCCAUGGGAAGUUGAAUGGUAAUACGCUUGUUCUGCAAAAACCUCACAAGCUGAAGGUAGGCGAGUGGAUACUUCUGCACCAUAAAGUGGGUUUUCCGAGCGAACCAGUUCCACCAAUUCAUUAUUAUGUUCGCGAGGCCAGCGACAACUUCUACGCACUCUCAGAUCCUAUCACCAAAGGAGACAAGAAGUGGAAGCAAGCAACAUCUAGAAACGAGGACGUGAUGGCCAUGCCGUAUAGUACGGACUUUGACAAAUUAGCGCCGGAAGAAAAGCAGCUGGCAGUCGUGAAAUUACUCGAGACGCUUCCUGGGGUAGACUCAAUGGUCAGCUUCAUCAAAUGUAACUCUGGCCAUCAAUCUCUCGACUUGUGGAAAGAACGUGUCUCACCUGCAGCACUGUACCUAUUGCGCUGGAUUGUUUCCUCAAACAGAUCCUGCAUCAUCUAUGACCAUAAUCCCGAACACAAAGUUACUGGUAUGGAGACCCACCUGCAGUUCCGAUUUGCGCAAGGGACCCCAGACAAGGAACAGAAAUUUGUCAACGCUAUCAGCCAAGAAGUCAGUGCUUCGAAGAAGGAUUAUCCUACCCUCUUUGCUUGGCAUGGAUCCCCGGUUUCUAGCUGGCACAGCAUCCUUCGACAAGGUUUGAAUUACGAGGAAGUAAGACACGGGAGGACCUACGGAAAUGGAGUUUACCUGGCCCGGGAUUUCAAUCUCUCACGGAGUUACUCGCAGUGGGACAGUUCACAGAGUCAAGAGACGUGGCCCUCGAGUAAAUUAGGGAUUAUGUCGGCGAUAUCCUUCAACGAGGUUGUCAAUGCCGUGGAGAAGUUCGUAUGCACGACGCCAUAUGUGCUGAAACAGAUAGAUUGGAUCAUGCCUCGGUAUCUCUUUGUAAAAUGUUCCAAGUUCGUGCAGAGCGCGAACAGUUUGGAAAAACCACAAGAUAUCUACGCGCAGGAUCCGCAACAUAAGGCUCGCGGUCCCAAUGGAACACCAAUCGCAGUUCCGUUGUCCGCUGUACGGACUCAUAUUGCACAAGCACAACUGCUGCCAGCUUGUGGUCCUUGUGAUUCAGAAGCUGGUUAUGGGAGCGACGCAACUCUUGAUGAAGAUUGCCGCCUUCUCAAAGGAGAUCCGGAGGAUGGUGAUGACCAUGAAUUCCGAAAAAUCUCAGACCCUUUGGCAGCAUUUCUAUCUAAAGUUUUGAUGAAUACCAAUAUCAAGCUAUUGCCUCCACCAUGCUACGCCACCUCACAGGCCACAAGAAGAUUGAUGCGCGAGCUAAAAGCGACUGCGGCGUUACAGAACCGGCGACCCGUGGCUGACCUUGGCUGGUGCAUCGAGCCUAGACUGAUUGAUAAUCCCUACCAAUGGCUCGUGGCUCUUCACAGCUUUGAGCCGACAUCACUUCUAGCGCGGGACCUUGCAGCCACGGAUGACAAGUGCGUUCUUCUGGAGAUUCGGUUCCCGCCUUCAUACCCUUACUCGCCUCCGUUCAUUCGAGUCGUCAGACCCCGAUUUUUACCUAUGAGCGCAGGAGGUGGUGGCCAUGUGACAUCCGGUGGCGCUAUCUGUAUGGACCUUCUCACCAGCACAGGCUGGAGUGUGGCAUAUUCCAUGGAGAGCAUACUUUUGCAGGUGCAUAUGAUCAUAUCGUCCUCGGACCCGUUCCCGGCACGUCUGGAAAGACACCGAACGCAGGAUUACACAUGGAGCGAGGCAGUCGAAGCAUUUAUUAGAAUGUGCCGGAUUCACUCAUGGAAGGUGCCUGACGACUUUGAGCAAAUGCAAAAAGACGAAUGAAUAUUUUGAUCCCCCUUGUUCGAGAGAAAAUGCGCAGUGAUUCCUGAGACUGGACUCGGAAUCCGCGGACAAUGUAUCCAAUUGGGACGGGAAG